UCUCUUAAAAGGGGUGUUAAGGGUUGAUCUGUUUAAAGAAGAUAUCAGCUUAAAACACAGUCUCAGCUUUAUAUUCUGCCUAAUUACCUUCUUCAUCUGAGCUCGGUCGUUUCCUCCCAUGUCUGAAAGCAGGAGACAUUUUAUUUCCAUUAUUAUUUUAUAGCAUAGGGAUCAGAAGCUCCAUUCUAAUGGAAAUCCGAAUUUGCGGAUAAAAUGCCAUCGUCUUUGCGCAAUGCGUUUGCGUCAUUGUGCGUUCACGCUGCCCGACUUCAUCAACCAGAGAUUGUAUCAUAGGUAAUAAGAGAAUUAAGAGCAAUGGCAUCUAAACACCCUCUUAUUGCAACCCUGAAAGUGUGUAUUUUGGAGCUGCAGGCUGAAGACACCGUGACUGAUGCAAGUCCUCAGCUAGCUUCAUGCUGUGAGCUACUGGAGCUCAUUCUGCGCAAAGGACUGCUGCAACCAGUGCUGAGUUUGACACACAGAGACUACUGGUGUUGUUUUGAGCAGUUAGUUCAACUGGACACAUGUGGAAGGCUGGGAGCUGUCUCUUUAGCCGUACAGCAGACCACGGCGUGUCCCAAACUUCUCAGCGCUCAGGGCCGGGGACGCUACUUCAUCCGCCUAAUGCUGAGCAGGAGAACUCUGGGAAAUGUAGUCAUCCAUCUUCUACACACAUCCAGCAUUUUGGAGUGGUACAGUUCAGACAUUUCUGUAUUGAGGAAUGAGGAAUUUGUAGAGCCUUUUCUCUCCUUGUGUCUGGUUCUCUCUGAGAUGGAGUUCAAACUCAACAUACACAACUGCAGCUUUCUAGAUGAGAGUUGGCUGCUCCCGGUGUGUGAAACGUAUGAGGCAGUGCCGUGUCGCGAGCUGGGGAUGGUUCUCAGAUAUCUGGACAGGCGUGUGUUUGUGUUGGAGCUGCUCCGAGGCGGUGUGGCUCAGGCAGACAUGUUUGCAGAGCCUGGAGACAUCAUCGAUGAAAUUAACGGCAUCUCGCUGAGAAAUUCCAGAAACGGACAGGCAGGUGUGGUGCUGUCCAGAUUAAAAGGACAGCCUCUGUCCUUGCGCCUGUUGCGCUGGAGAGGUGCGAACGGCACUGCGUAUCGCCCCCUGGUGCCGCUUUUACGCCAGCUGAAAAAGGAGAAUCCCACGCUGGAAUUUGGCUCACCUCUUCCCAAACCGGCGAAGCAGCAUGAAAACCAGAGCCAGUGUGUUAAAGAGGGACGGAUCCUGUAUGCAGUGCAGCUGUUAGGAAAAACAAACAUAGGAAUGUAUGGAGGGAAGGAGGUUCUGCAGUACGCCAUACCCGCUGUGCUGCAAAAGAGGCAGAGCAAGAAGGACGUGCUGUUGGACGUGAAGGAGACGCACCUGACUUGCACUGAUAAAUCCAAUAAACAGCAGCAGCUUUUCCAGCAUCACUUUCCUGAGAUUUCUUGUGUGGGGAGAUUCGGCCAGCCAGAUUACACCAUCUUCGCCUUCUGUGUAGGAGAUACUCCAGAUACGGGUUUCUGCUGUGUGGUCCUGCAGGCAACAUGCAGCGCUGAAUGUGAUGAGAUCGUCCACCGCAUCGCUGCAGGGUUUAAAAGCACUGAAUGGUUUGUGUGAGGAAAACACGUAAGCACAGUUUAACGCGCGGGGACGGACGCCGCCGAUGGUGAGGAUCUCACGUGGAUCUCCAUUAUAAGCUCGAUUGCCUGCAGUAGCACAUCAGACCCAAAUGCAGGAAUUUAGUACAUGCACUGCUUUUAGUUAACAAAGCAAAUUUGAACAAAACAUAUAUUAAACAUACAGUACAUUAUGACAAAAACUUAGAUAACCUAAACAAAACAUGACUAUAAAGGCGUCAGGCCUUACGGCUCACCCCUGGUGGUAUGGCAAGGAACUGUCGCAGUUACUCCAGACACAAUGAGGUUCACGUUUUCACGAAAUACUUCUUUUAUCAGUAAAACACUCCAUUGUACAGGGCUGGGCUUGGCUUCAGCCAAGUGUUCUGUUGGGAACAAAAUGUCUUUUAUAUUUAAGCUGGAACUCUAUAUUAUUUACUUAGUGUUAAAUUUUAUCUCGUUGGGCAGUUUCUCUGACAAACCUGAAGUUUAAUUUUUUCCAGUGUAUGUGCUACAUAAAUGCCCUUUAUUUUUGUAUAUGAUUAUUGUACAAUUCCUGACUGAUCACCUUUUGAGCACAUUAUUAUUUUGGUGUUGGAAUAAUUUUAGCACAAAAUCUGUCUUUCUACAUAUGAAACAAAAAGAUGACUCUAAAUGUCUAAAUAACUUUAACUCUAAAUGUCUGAUCCAGGUGUGUAAAUUGAAGACUUGUGAAUAUAUGAAGAGAUUUUAAAUCUAAACUCACUAUAUACUUUAUUAGGAACACUUGUACAUCUGCUCGUUCGUGUAGUUCUAUCGUCAGCCAAUCAUGCUGGAUUUGGGUGAAUCUGUGCACAUGAUAGCCUCAUGUUCAUGUUCUAGGUUCUGGAUCUACCUCAAGGUUUGUUGUGUUGUGUGUUCUGACACCAGUGGGAAAGAGUGAUUAUAUGAGUUACUGUGUCCUCUCUUAACAAGGUGGUUCCACACACAGAACUGCCACUCUCUCAGUGUGUACUUGCUUUUUUAUUUUGCUUUUAAACUCUAGAGACUGUUGUGUAUGAAAAUCUAAAAAGGUUAACAGUUUUUGCAAAACUUAAACCGACGCAUCUGGCACCAACAACCAUGCCACGGGUAAAGUCGCAGAGAGCACACUUUUUCCAUUUUGAGGUUUGAAAUGAGUAUUAGUUGAAGCUCUUGUAUAAA